UUGUGGUGAUUGACAGGUCAGAUUCUCAAAGCUACAAGCCCCUCCGUACAGACCUAUAAAUGGACUUCCAUCUCCCUUCGUUCCAAAUCGCCCUAUCCCAACACUCUCUCUGCUGAAAACGCCAAACGCCACAUUAAGAUGUCAGACUUGGAGAACUGCCUGGGAACUAUCAUUGAGGUCUUCCAUAAAUACUCGUCGAAAGAAGGUGACAAGUACAAAUUAAAAAAGAGUGAACUGAAGGAGCUGCUCACGAAUGAAUUUCCAUCUCUUAUGGAGCAUGUGAAGGAUCAGGCGACAUUAGACAGUUUGAUGGAAAGCCUGGACACCGACGGCGACUCAGAGUGCGAUUUUCAGGAGUUCAUGACCUUCAUAACCAUGGUUACUGUCUGUUGCCAUGAGUUUUUCGAACACCGCGAAGACGAAUGAGUUUCGAAUUCGCAGUUUUGAAAAACUAGUUCGAUUUUCAUAGUUUAAUGAGUCACAAUAUAUUCCUUCUUUUGUUGUUUCUUUAUCAUAUCAUGUUAGAAGUGACUUUUGGGAUGGAUUGUGCAUUGAUGUAGCUCGUAAGGCAAUAUGUUUCCGUUUGGCUCAUUUUGUUUGAAUAUGCAGUGACUUCAAACUAGUUUAGAAUUUAUUACGAAUCGCGGUUCUAUUAUUUUGCCUAAAAACCUCCCCCACCAUAACAUGGCCAGCAUAAUCCUCAUUGAGCGAAACGCAGACUUGUCAUUUAAUUUCCAGACUGAUUGUCAAAUGUAUUUCUGAUUAGCUUCAGGCUAUUAGGGUGCUAUUGACUUACGCCAAAUAGUACUGGGGCCUUCGACAAAUCACACCAUGUUUUAAAAAGAGCCUCCAAAGCCAUGAACAAACUUUUUCUUCUUUAAAUAUCCAUUAAGCAGUUUGUUUGAUGUGUACGACAAUUCAUAGAUGAUAUGUAGUCACCAGUCAACCCCAAAAUAGCAGGAGUUUCCUGCUAAAAAAUCAUCUUAAACCAGUCUAAACUAGUUUUCUGGUUUUAGCUGGUCUCCCAGCCUGAUCUGUUUGCCGGUUUUACCUGUUAACCAGCUAAACAAGCUUAAAACCAGCUUGGCCAAGUUGGGAGACCAUAUAAACCAUGUUAAACCAGCUAAGACCAACAAACCAGGCUGGUUUAAGCUUGGGGUUGGUGAAACAAAACUUAUGCCGUGUCUAAAAUUCCUUGCAAACUUUACAAACUGAGUUGAACUAAACACAUUUGGCCUUAUUCACGAAAUAGGAGCAGAACAAAAUUAUUGUACUGAUUUGAAUAAAACAAAAUACAUAAGAUCGUUGAAAUCUGUGUGCAUAAUAUCAAGGCUGUAGCACGGUAAUCUGGGACCCCUUACUGUAUAUUGCUCUGGGCCACUUUCCUAUUAAAACAUACAGUUUAGAAUUUGUUGUGGGGCCCUUUGGACCUUUGGGCCCCUAGAAUCGUUACCACCUUUCACCCCCCUAGCUACGGCCCUGCAUAAUAUUGUGAAUGCACGAAAUGUAAUGUAAUGAGUGAAAUGUUGUUUAUAAAAGUUAAUUCCUUUAGUUUUACAAUUUAGGUGUUAAAUAAAAUGUCUUAAGUGACUUUAACUUAGCUUUUCCUAUAAGAAACUAACAAUGGCGGAGUUUUAAAAAAACGCAUAAAAGGACAAAGAUGAAGGACGACUCAGUGCUAAUGACUUCCCAGAUAUGUCCCUUCCUGUAUCAUAAUUAUACACAAAUCUUGUGUUUAGCCAUAGACUGUACAGUCUAUGUGUUAAGCAUAGUAGGAUAAUUCAUUAGUCAGUGCUGGUUUAAUACUGUUUUAAACUGUAUUUUGCAGCAGGAUUUAAUGAUUAUUUUUUAUAUAAACCAACAAAGUCAUUAUAUAAAAUGCUUUAGAGUACAACUUAUGUACUCUUCCAGAAUAAAAAUAAAUAAAUAAUAAUAAUUUAAAAAAAUAAAAAAAUAAAACAAGGACGUAUAUGUCCUCAGGUUGACAAUGUCUCUAUACAACCCCAUGAGAUUUGUCCUCUGUGUCUUCCAUUGAUUUAAAUGUCCCGCAGGCAUUCUCAUUACCGAGCACAAACUGUCAAUAUGAGGACCUUCACAUCCAUGUGCUAAUUAACAAAUCAGUGCAUGCAGACAUGCCCAGCAAGGAAAAUUAUGAAUAUUGUAAGCACACAGUCUGAUCAAGACACCGUCUCCAUCUCAAAUUUGUUUACAUGGACAUAUAGCGCUUUAGCAAUAAGCCACACAUUUAUAUGCAUCAUACGAAUCUUAUGUCCUCCUACCAGUUAUUCAACAUGCCCAAUCACAGACUGUCAUACUAUAGGUGUCCUCUAGAUGGCAGUGUUGUACUUUGACAUAGUGCCAGCCCAAGUGCUGUAAAAAUGAGAAAUGUGUUUAGGUUGAAAGUGAAGCAAUAUGAUAAAGUCACUGGAUUUAUUUGACAAUGCAAUAAAGCAUAAAUAAAUAAAUAAAAUAUGGUAAAAAUAA